CACCAUGGCGCCCUUCGUGCCAUCAUUGCGGGUGCAGCGAUUGGAAGAGCUGCAACGGCAGCAAUCCAUCGAUCUGCAGCAGAUGCUGCUGAGAUCCGCCCGCGCGAAGAGCUGCCCAAGUUCCCCGCGGGCAAAGGCGGCGACUGCCACGCCCAACGCGACUGCCACGCCCAAUACGCCCAGACGACAGCGGCAAUGUCCCAGCGGUCAAACCACGCCGGCGCCAAGUCCCUGGACUCCGUUGACCACUCCCAGGCGGGUUCGCAAGCGAAGCCCGCAUUCUCCUCCGCCAGAACAAAAGGUGCAGGGUGUUCUAAAGCUGAUCGACUCUGUUCCCGUCCUGUCUCCAAAGGACUUUGGAAGCCUCAAGGCUGCCCGUGCUGGAGUUCUGCGUUUGGCCCAUGAGCUCGCUGGGGUGCAACAGCGCCUCAGGGCACAAGAGAAACUCCAAGAGGAGUUGCAAUUGUCUUUGGCGCGGCAUGGUGGCGACACCUUGAAACGGCGCUUGCACGAGGAGCGCUUGGUUUACGAGGACCACAUCCAAACUUUGUCCGCUGCAGACCGGGAGCGCCGGGCAGAUCCUUCGGCUGAAGGGCGCUUCGAGCAAAGUCAGUCCUUCGCAGAUCGCCUUGAGAGCCAGGUGGCUUUACCGGUGGCAUUUUUGGCAGGUCGAGUUGACAAAUUUGGGAGCCCAAGGGCCCCAAACCCGAAACUCCAGGAAGUUUGGGAAGUUCCCGUAAGGAAUAAUUGUAGAGCUUCGCACACCGGCGAUGCCUGUAGGGAAAGAGAGAGGGGGAUUUCAUCUGAACUUGCGGACAUGACAUGCUGCGAGCUGCAUCUUCGUUGUCGUCAUCGUCAUUGUCGUCGUCGUCGUUGUCGUUGUUGUUGUCGUCGUUGUUGUUGCUUCUGGUCCUCCUUCUCGUUCUCGUUCUCGUUCUUGUUCGUGUUGUCGUUGUCGUUGUCCUUGUUGUCGUCGUUGUCGUCAUUGUCGUCGUUGUCGUCGUUGUCGUUGUUGUCGUCGUCGUCUUCGUCGUCGUCGUCGUCGUGGUUGUUGUUGUUGUUGUUGUCGUUGUUAUUGUUGUUAUAG